GGUAUUUAACCUGCAGUGGACAAACGAUUAUUUUUUUGUUCAAUGCAAAGAAAAGGCUGUUUGUCUCAUCUGUCAAGAGACGGUGGCGGUAUUCAAAGAAUACAAUCUUCGCCGACACUAUGAAUCCCGUCACAAAGACAAGUACGAUAGCUUGCAAGGCCAAAUACGAGCAGACAAGCACUGUGCUGCAAAGUGUUGACGUGGGAUUCUGUAAUGAAGGUUGUGGUGUCGUGCAUAAACUUCAUCAGAGCAAAUGGACUUAAACACAGGCAGUUCCAAGAAUUCCUGUCUGAACUGGAGUCUACGCACGGAGAUGUGCUGUACUACACAGAGGUCCGAUGGCUGAGCCGGGGCAGAGUUUUGAGGCGUUUUUACGAGCUGCUACCCGAAAUUAACGCAUUUCUUCAUUUAAAGGACAAAACGGUCCCAGAGCUGAUCGACCCAGAAUGGAAAUGGCACCUCGCAUUUUUAACAGACGUGACAGAAAUACUUAACAGCCUUAACUUGCAGCUACAAGGCGAGGGGAAACUCAUUUGCGACAUGUAUUCACACAUAAAAGCAUUUGAGGUGAAAUUAGCGCUGCUUUUGGAACAAGUGAAAAAGCGCAACUUCGUCCAUCUUCCUGCUACCCAAAACCUGUCGACAGAGAACCCAGCGGUCCCGUUCCCAGCUGAAAAGUGCGUGGAAGCACUGGAAAUGCUGAAGGCGGAGUUCGGUGUGCGAUUCAGUGAACUACAUGUUCAUGCAAAAGAAAUCCGUCUUUUUCAGAACCCCUUUGUUGCCGACAUUGAUGAAGCCCAGCCUUCAUAUCAGUUUGAGUUGGCUGAGUUACAGAACUGUGAUGUUCUGAAAGACGCAUUCAAGCCCAACAGUCUCAUUGACUUCUAUGCCGCCCUCCCAAACGACACAUAUCCAAACAUCAAAAAACACGCAAUGAAAAUGUCCACAGUUUUUGGCAGCACGUAUAUCUGCGAGAAAACCUUUUCUCGCAUGAAACUGCUGAAAACUCCGAUGAGAUCAAGAUUGACAGAUGAACAUUUGCAUCAGUGCUUGAGACUGGCUGUAACUAGAAUGGAACCUGAUAUUCAACUUCUCACCAGCCAGAUGCAGGCCCACAGUUCACACUGAUGAACAUACAUAGGGAAGUUGAUGAGAGAGAGCUGCAAACAGCGGUGUCUACAAGCC